UCGGCCUUUUUUUUGGAGGGGGGGAGUUUAGUUGGGCCUCCCGCGGACAUAUUGGGGCAAGAGACACCCGAAGGAGCGGGCGGACCUUAACGGAAAUCCUCCGGCCCUCCAAAAAAGCAGAGAGGAAGCUUGGGUUGGGCUUUUGGGAGCCGCUCUAGAGGGCAGCAGAGCUCCGGGCAAAGGAAGGGUGGAAGUCGCAUUGGGCGUGGGGCGCGAGGAAAAUCCUCUGAGAGGGAAGAGGCGUUUUUCAGGCGGCCCCGCAGCUUUUGUUGCAGUUGCUGAGAGGUGGGGGGGGGUCGCGGGCUUGGUGCUGAGUAACGCAGGAAGGGAGAAUUGAGUUUUUUGAGGCUGCUGAGGUUGAGACUAGGGAACCGCUCCGUAUGUGUGUUUUGUAAGCAUUGUACAAGAGUUUGUAUAAGGUCAUUUACUAGGGGGGAGAAAGUUUAGGGUAUUGAAGCAAAAGGCACGGUGAAGAAUAACGAGGGUGGGUACCGAUACUAAAUAACCCAUUUAAUGCUCUGCUCUCUGGAAGCAUUGCAAAUUUGGAACAGGGCAAGAAAUUUGGGGGUUUCAUUUGAGAAGCUUUUCAUAGUUCCCAACAAGUGGCAUAGUUUCCAAUCUUGUUAGUUUGAGAACUGUGUAGAGUCAUCAUCAGGAAGGUUAUAUUUUCUUGAGAAAGGGGGCAGGGGUUGGAGCUGGACUUCAGUCAGGUCCCUGGUGUUCAAUACCUUUCGCCUCCUUGACCUAUUCCAAGCCCAGGUUGAGGCCAUGCAGAAAGAAGAACUGGGCAUGGAUGAGAAUCACAACCCAGAGGAAGAACUGUGCCUUCUGGGAGGAAAGAAGGAGAAAAGCCAUAAUCUCAACAACCGUAUACGAACAGGAUCAUGGGAGUCAAAUGGAUAUACUGCAAGUUCUGAGAUAGUUGAUGAACCCAGUGUUCCCCUGAGUCCUUCCAACAGCCUUAACAUCCGCAAUCUCCAGCUGUCUGAACGAGACCCUCCCCAGCAUACCCGCCGUUAUCCUAAUUUCCAUCAUGGCCGGCCUUUCCGUCCUGCCUACCGCAAAACUUAUCGAGGCAACCCCUCAGAUCGCAAGGAAUGGGGACCUAGCACUAAUGGCCACCACUGUCCUCCAGAGGGUCUUUCCAAUGGGCGAUGGCAGCAUCGACGCCGUGGCUAUUAUGACUCACCCUCCCCAUUGUCUUCUCCCGAAUUGGAACGAGUCAGCACUAUCAAAGCCAGUGAGAAGCCCACUGUUACAUCUAAUGCCUCCAGUGUAACCACUGAGGAAUCCGAGAAGGAAACAUGGUCACUCUUUCGGCCCCUUCCUGCUUUCCCAGUUGAUAGCAGCAGUGCCAGAAUCAUUCCCAAGAUCUCUUAUGCCAGCAAACUGAAAGAGAACUUGGAUCAACCAGGCAAAGCCUGCCAUGUUCCAGCCUCAGCUGUCCGCACCACUAAUAGCCUCCCCAACUGUGUCUUGGCGCCACCCCCGAGCAGUCCCCCACCAACCAAUAGCAGUCGGCGGCAGCACUUGGGAGCCAUCUUCCAAAAUGAGUGGGGCCUCUCCUUUAUCAAUGAGCCAGGAGCCGGGCAUGGAGGGGGUGGUGGAACAGCACCAGUCAAGGAGACAGAAAAUGCAGAUGCUGAAGUGUGUUGGGAAAACAUGGAAGCCAAUGACUGGCAGGCUGCAAGAAAUUAUCACUUCAAAGAAUGGAGCCAUAUAUGGGAGCUACAUAGUCAAGCUCCUAGCAGAGUGAUGGUCUAUUCUGAAACCUUGGAUGGAAAGGGUUAAUUCCACGAAUAUCCAGGGGAAUCACUGCUAGGAUCCGUGGGGAGAGGCAAGGCAACCCUCCCAACCCUCUUGAAGAUUGAAGAGUCCAGGCAUCUUGAAAGGGAAGCUAUGCCACCUGCCUACCUCCCUUCCCUUGCUGUUUUAGCCUAAAUUGUUCUGGGUGGGGCUCAUAUGCCUCACCCAGUCCCCACCAUCUCUCUGAUUCAGUGCUCUGGGUUCUAAUUUCUUCACUUUUUUUUUCUGGAUUCCCCUGAAAA